AUGGAAACCACUUCGGUCGAUUUAGGAUUCCUAGAAACGUGCGAAUCGUGGAAAUUAACGAAUAAGUUCUUUUGCAGCAAAGUUGGUGGAAAACCGGCUUGGUUGGAGCUGAAAAACCUUCCUAAACCAGAAGAACUGUUAUGCGAACAGUGCAAGGAACCGCUUGGGUUUCUUUGUCAGAUAUACGCUCCUGCAGAAGAAAAUGAAAAUGGAUUCCACCGAACCUUGUAUGUUUUUGUUUGUCUUGCUGCGGCUUGUAAUCAAUCGCCCGAACCAACUUCGCGAACGAUGAAAGUAUUAAGAAGUCAGCUACCACGAAGGAAUGAAUUCUACGAGUAUGAUCCACCAGAUGAUUCAAUCGAAUCGCCCGCCGUAAAGUCACCAGUUCCAUUAUGUGUCGUUUGCGGUUGCCGUGGACCUAAACUAUGCUCCCGUUGUAAAGCAGCAAACUACUGCGGCGUAUCGCACCAACGGUUCGAUUGGAAAGCUAAUCAUAAAAUCGCGUGCGUAGAAGGGGAGCUCGUGGAAGCUUCCUGCAGCAAAAACGCCUUGCUUCUCCCACAAUUCGAUAUCAUUACUGAAGCAGAAGAAUAUGAAGCAAAAGAAAAACUCUCAGAAGAAGAAAACGCAAAGCGACAAAUGGAGGAGUUGGAACGCCUGAAACAGGAUGGUAAAGCUGGAACACUGGACGAUUUACCCGAGGCAGAACUAGACAAAUAUUCUGCUGACCAGGUGGAGGAUAAAACAUUCGACAAAUUCAAAGCGCGCAUUGCCGUUGAUCCAGAACAAGUAUUGCGAUACGAGCGUGGUGGCAAGCCGCUCUGGCUAUCACCCGUUUUCCCGAAAGACAUCCCGGGUUGCAGUCGUUGUGGCAGUGCCAGAAAGUUUGAAUUUCAAAUCAUGCCCCAGCUCCUGAACCAUUUGGGCAACGAUCAGCUGGACUGGGGCACUCUUGUGUGUUACACAUGCGAAGCUAGCUGCAACAUUGAAGAAUACGCGGAGGAGUUUAUUUUCAGACAAGAUGUGCUAAAUAUUGACACCGUCAAAAAAUAAACCAAAGGG